AAAACUAUUCAAUUGAUAAACCCGUGCAAAUUACAUGUAAAGAAAAUGACAUGAUAGAAUUCGAAUAAAACCAAACACAGGAUAACUUUUUACGGAAAAUUCUUAGACACUUACCGCGAUAACUAAUUCCUUAUCUGUUAAAAACCAACUCAUUCCACAAACACAAUCAAUCUUGACCGGAAAGCAUUUCUCACGCGACACUUAUUACACGACACACCGAGCACGUGUAACCGGUGCUGAAGUAAACAAACAAGCAAUCGUUUCAGCUGAUAGAUAUUAAAGAAGAGAAAUGAUCAAGAAAGCUAUAUGUGAGAUCUGUAAAGAGGUAGAGCACAAGUACAGAUGUCCCCAGUGUAGGAUUGUGUACUGUUCACUAGCAUGUUACAAGACACAUAAAGAGGAUUGUAGCAAAAAGGAGGAGCCUUUAGAAGAGAACAAAGUUACAGACAUCACAGACAAACCAGAAACCACCUUUCCAGAGUUUACUUUAAAUGAUGAGGAAUCUGAAGACAGAGUUAGUAUAGAACAACUGGAAACUUUAGAAAAAUCAGAUGAGUUGAAAGAAAUGUUGUGCAAUCCACAUUUGCGACAUAUGAUGACAUCGCUAGUGCAUUCCGAGAAUCCUAGUGCCCAGCUUGAGAAGGCAAUGCAGGAACCAAUCUUUACAGAAUUUGCUGACACCUGUUUAUCUAUUAUUGAUAAUAAAACUGAUACUAGUUGAA